AUGUCAACUGAAGCGCGUCGCCGGCUCAUGCGUGAUUUUAAGCGCCUUCAAAAUGACCCACCGGGUGGUAUCUCUGGCGCACCUUGCCCUGAUAAUAUUUUAUUAUGGAAUGCAGUCAUCUUCGGUCCUGCUGACACUCCAUUUGAAGAUGGAACUUUUAAAUUGGCUCUACAAUUUGACGAGAAUUAUCCCAACAAACCACCAUCUGUCAAGUUCAUUUCCAAAAUGUUUCAUCCAAACGUAUAUGCUAAUGGUGAGCUGUGUCUUGAUAUUCUACAAAAUAGGUGGUCCCCAACAUAUGAUGUUGCGGCUAUCUUAACAAGGAGAAUCGUAAAGAAUAUACAAGAAGAGUAA